CUUGUAAAAUGUGAGGGAGAGUGAGGGGGGAAAAACAGGCGCGAGAAUCAAAAUUCCCAAAGAAAACCAUAGGAAGGACUUAAAGAGAAAGACACACGGCUCGUGGGCCGUGGCUUACAUUUGCAGCGACGCUUUUAAUUCUAGGGCAAAUUAUCCUCGUUUUGGAUUUUGAUUGAGAUAAUGGUCACCAAUCCAAAUUCCUAGGGGAGAGAAAGUGUUGCAAGAGAGAGGGACGCUUCCUAACUCGGUGCUGUGCUCUAGCUACCCAAUAUUGCAUUUGAGUUUUUGAGAUAUUAUUGCUGGGAGUUUUUUGUGUUCUUCAGCAAAUUAUGGAGAUGAAGCAUGGUUUGGAAAUACAAUAUCUAAGAGACUUGCAUUAAGGUAAGAACAUGAGCUCAUCAGGGAUAGAGCCAGAGGCGCCUGAUCUGGUGUGCCAGCUUGACAAUGUCCAAGGCAUGGUCGAUGCCUUCUCUGCAGUUCGAUGGAAACGCCAGCAGGAUGCAGUAGUGGAAUUAUCAGAGCAUGGCAUUGUUUUGAUAGUUGAGGAGAUUGGUUGUCUUCAAGCUAAAGUUUAUCUCCAAAAAGAGCUUUUUGUCCAAUAUGAAUAUAAUGCUCAAGGGCGGCCUAGGUUUGGAGUGAGCUUGGGGCUUUUUGUUGAUUGCUUGAACACAUUUUCAGUUCCCGGACAUUCAACUGCAAUUGAAAUUCGAUAUCCUGGACCAGACAUGCAGCUUCUUCUGAAUCAGAAAAUGCCCAUUUGUGUGACAACAACGUCUUCACAAUCAAGUGAUAUCCUGUAUUUGGUUUUGGAGUCCAUGAAUUCUGCUAUAACCCAUAUCAUCCAUAAAUGUUUUAGGUCUGUUGAUUCACUAGAUGCCUGUAUUUAUGCGGAAAUCAGGACAAGAAUUCCAGAUACAAUUUCAUGGGACUACAACUUUGAACCUGCGGGAACUACACCAUUAAGUUUUACUGUUAAGUCUGCAGCACUGAAGGAAGCUAUUGAUGAUCUUGAAUGGCCAGGAUCCAGCAUCCAGAUUAUUCUAAAACCGGUGCCCCCAUCUGUAACCUUUAGAGGUGAAGGCCAUGGAGACUUGCAGAUAGACUUCAUGUAUUAUAUAAAUACUGAUCUGUUAAUUGCAUUCCAUUGUGAUCACGAAGUUUCUUACAGGUACAAAUACAAGUUCCUUCGAGCAACCACUUCUAAUAUACCCAGCAGUGUUAUUAAAGACAACCGAGGAAGCAAGUUGACCAUUGGGAGAGGUGGAAUGUUGAAAGUUCAGCACCUGGUUUUGGUUGGAAGAUCAUCUAUUUCACAUCCGCACGUUGAUUCUGCUGGAUAUCAACAGCCUAGUCGAAUAGCUUUUAUUGAGUUCUUUGUGAGGCCGGAGGAAAAUGAAGGCCCCAUACAUGAUUGACAGGUUUUCUAUAUUAUUUUUCAUUUUAUAUAUAUAUAUAACAAUCCUCAUACGUUAACGGUUCAAUAGAUGUUAUCUGCCCACGGGCCUUUUACCGCCA